AUGCUGAUUGGUGCCAUUACAAUUGGACAAGCCUUGUCUCAGCUUGAUUCGUUCAACAUUGCAAUUACAUCUGCCAGUGAAAUAUUCCCCAUCAUUGAUCGUAUUCUCAUUGAUGGGGUGGAUAUUCGAGAGUUAGAUUUGGUCUGGUUCCGAGAGCAGCUUGGCGUGGUUUCACAGGAGCCCGUCUUAUUCGCGGGCACGGUGGCCGAAAACAUUAGACUUGGUUCUCUCAACGCCACAAACGAAGAGGUCGAGGAAGCUGCGAAGAUGGCGCUCGUUCAUGAGUUCGUUUCCAAACUGCCAGAGGGCAUUAAUAACUCUUGCGAUGGUACAUUGUGUUCCGCCAAGGGUUAUAACACCUUCAUCGCCGAAGGUGGUGGUGCAAUGUCUGGAGGUCAAAAGCAGAGGCUGGCGAUUGCACGCGCACUGAUACGCAAACCACGUAUUCUCCUCCUGGACGAGGCUACUUCUGCUCUUGACACGCGCUCCGAAAAGUACGUCCAGCGAGCCCUGGAUAACGCCAAGAUCGGUCGCACUGUCGUCAUGGUGGCACACCGUCUCUCCACGGUUCGCGACGCUGACUCCAUCAUUGUUGUUAACAAGGGCCGUGUUGUCGAGGUUGGCAAUCACAAUCAACUCAUGGCUCUCAAGGAUGGGGUUUAUGCCAAGUUGGUUAAGAUUAGUGGUGCUGAUAAAACGUCGCAGGGUGGCUCCGAAGAAAGCGAAGAGGAGGACGAUGAUUUUGUUGCCAAAGCAAUUAUCUCACAGGAGGAGAUAAAAGACGAAGAUUUGAAAGCGUCAUCCGAAAUCUUGCGAAUGAAUGCUCCUGAAAUGUCCUACAUGAUAAUGGGCCUGAUCAUCUCUCUUAUCUCCGGCGGAGUGCAGGCCAGCUUUACCAUUCUCAUUACGGAGAUCUACAAUAUAUUUCCGCUAAGGGAUAAUAAAGUAAAACUUCAACGAACCUCCGUCCUUUCUGGCGUCCUUGCUGCCAUGGGCAUUGUCAGGUUUCUUUGCCUUCUUGGAGGGGAAGUUGGAUGGUUUGACUCCUCCGAGAAUCAGCCAGGUACUCUUACUGGCUGCCUAGCUGCUGACGUGCCGACACUUCAGAACAUCUCGGGGCGUCGUUUGGCCUCGCUUUUGGAGGUCCUUACGCUGAUUAUCAUCUCUCUCAUCAUCGCCUUUGUCUACAGUUGGCAAAUCGCUCUUGUGGCCUUGGCAUACUUCCCCGUUCUCAUUGUUGUUGGAGCCUUCAAUAUGACGCAGUAUACGAAUGACGGAUCCAAGGCGAAUGUAAAAGGGGCUGGACUCGCCUUCGAAAGCCUUUCUGCUGCUAAGACCAUCUUCAGUCUGGGUGCGGAAGCCCACUUCGUGCAGCGAUACGAACUCGAAGCUUUACCCCUUAACAAAAAAAUUCUCCUCAGCUCCGCCGCAUAUGCAGUCUUCAGCGCAUUGGCAAACUCUCUUUCAGCCUUCCAGGUGGCCGGUGUAUUCUAUGCUGGGGGAAAACUAAUGGAAUCCGGGAGUGUCACUCUUGUCGGUAUUUUCCGGGCCUAUUCAGCAAUAUCCUUUGCGGCCCAACAGCUGGGUUACGUGGCAGCCUUUGCGCCAGACUCGAGGAAGGCGAAAGAGGCCGCAGGACGAAUUUUUGCGAUUAUUAAUCGGGUGCCCAACCUCCAGCCUGAUGAGGGCGAAUUCCCUGCGGUUCCAUUCAAGGGCAGCGUCUCCUUCAAUAAUGUCCACUUCCGCUAUCCGACGCGAAAAAAGAUCAAGGUUCUUCAGGGUUUCACCUACGCAGUAAAAGCCGGGACAAGUGUAGCUCUAGUGGGCCAGUCAGGCUGUGGCAAAUCGACAGUGCUUCAGCUAGUGCAACGCUUUUACGACCCAACUCAACGAUCGGCCGCCACAAGCGGAGCCAUCUACCUAGAUGGUAUGAACAUGCGCGAUCUCGCACCCACGUGGAUCCGUCGGCAUAUUGGUGUAGUCUCACAGGAGCCGAACCUCCUUGAUCUCACCAUCGGUGAGAACAUUGCUUAUGGCCUCACCUUCGAGGAGGACCCGCCCUCCAUGGAACAGAUCAUAGAGGCGGCCAAACAAGCCAACGCGCACAGCUUCAUUACAAAUAUGCCUCAGGGUUACGACACACCAGUGGGGCCGCGGGGUUCUCGCCUCUCGGGCGGCCAGAAGCAACGAAUCGCCAUCGCGCGAGCGUUGGUGCGUAAUCCACGGUUGCUGGUGUUGGACGAGGCUACAGCAGCACUGGACAACGAGAGCGAGCGUGUGGUGCAGGCAGCACUGGACGAAGCGAUGCGGCGUGGCGAUCGCACCACCCUGGUGGUGGCACAUCGACUCACAACUGUACAGAACUGUGACUUAUCAACGUCAUGCAUCAGGUGGGUGAUCAUAGCGCCCCACGUCGACCUUGGAGGUACACCGGUAUGGGCGAAGGCCUAUAAUUAG